AUGGCGGGGCCGUCACCGCGGCAUCGCCCGCGCCCUCGCCCGGCCGGCGCUCCCCGUGCCGGGGCUGCGCUGGGCCGGUCCGCGCGCGGGCGGCAGAGUGGGGUGGGGGUGGUGGAGGCGGCCGGGGGGCGCGUGCGGCCCGCCCCGCGCUGCCUCGCGCGUCCUCACGCAGCGCCUGCCCGCCGCCCGGGCCGCCCCGGGGAAUCGGUGCGUCUCGAGACUCGGCGAGCUGGGAGCGCUGCUGCGUCGGCGGUCGCGGUGCCGGGCUCUCUCCCGGCUCCGGCUAAGCAGGCGGAGGCCCGCCCCCGGCCCAGCUCGGGAGCCCCAGCCGCCCCGCCUACUGAGGGGCGGGGCUCACGCGGCCCUGGCCCCGCCUCCGGGGGGGAGAGAGCGGGAGGGCGGGCCGAGGCGCGGCGGGUCCCCUCGUCUCCCCCGCGCUGUGCGCCCGCCCGUCCGGCGCCCAGCCAGAGGCGCGCUCGAGCCGUGGUCCCACCCCCGCGCCCGUCCGAUUGGGCCUCCCCGGGGGUGUGUGGGGGGGCGGGGCGCAUUCGGGGGACGCUGCGGGAGAUGCCGGGGGCUGCGGCGCCGGCGUCUGUGCCCCAGGAGAGCCAGGGGGCCUCACCCGCCGUCCCGGAUCGGGGUCCCGUACCCUCCGCCCUGCCCCGAGAGGCCGAGGGCACCGUUCCCCCGCCAACCCGACCGCUCGUCCCGGAAUGCGGGAGGGAAUCUGUGACUCGCGACGUGGAGACCACUGGGGAGGGGAAGGUCUUUCACUGGGGUCUUAACUCGGGGCGGGGGCGCCGAUUCCGCGGCAAAAAGAAAACAAACCCUGCCCCCCCGGCCACCUCGCCUGGCACCCGGGUCUCCCCCCACCGGCUUGUGCGAAUCCAUCUCGUUAUCCUCGCGUCCCUGAAGUGCAUUUACGGCGAGUCUGCUGCCAGGCGGGCGGAGGGGGGCGUCCCUCCCCCCGGGACCCGCUUGGAGAUAAAACCCGCGCCCUCGACAGAGAGCGCCACGGCCUGGCGCGCGCGCUCGCGCGGCAGCGGCUGUCCCGGCUUACAGAGACCCAGCCAUUCAUUGGGCAAUCGUGUACAGCGCCUCCUCUAA